AUGUUUUUGUAUUUUUGUAUUUUAUAUUUUUAUUUUUUCGUGUUUUCUGUAUUUUUGUGUUUUUUUCUUUUUGUGUUUUUGUAUUUUUGUGUUUUUUGCAUUUUUGUGUUUUUUGUGUUUUCUGUAUUUUUGUGUUAUUUCUGUGUUUUUUUUAUGUUUUUGUAUUUUUGUAUUUUAUAUUUUUAUUUUUUCGUGUUUUCUGUAUUUUUGUGUUUUUUUCUUUUUGUGUUUUUGUAUUUUUGUGUUUUUUUGUGUGUUUUCGUAUUUUUGUAUUUUCUUUGUAUUUUUGUGUUUUUGUAUUUUUUUGUAUUUUUGUGUUUUUGUAUUUUUUUGUAUUUUCGUGUUUUUGUAUUUUUGUGCUUUUUUUGUGUUUCUGUAUUUUUGUGUUUUUUUGUAUUUUUGUGUUUUUGUAGUUUCUGUAUUUUCGUGUUUUUUGUGUUUUUGUGUUUUUGUAUUUUUGUGUUUUCGUAUAUUUUUUGUAUUUUUUGUAUUUUUGUGUUUUUGUAUUUUUGUGUUUUUUGUGUUUUCUGUAUUUUUGUGUUUUCUGUAUUUUUGUGUUUUCUGUAUUUUUGUGUUUUUGUAUUUUUGUAUUUUCUUUGUAUUUUUGUGUUUUCGUAUAUUUUUUGUAUUUUUUUGUAUUUUUGUGUUUUUGCAUUUUUGUGUUUUUUGUGUUUUCUGUAUUUUUGUGUUAUUUCUGUGUUUUUUUUUAUGUUUUUUAUUUUUGUAUUUUAUAUUUUUAUUUUUUCGUGUUUUCUGUAUUUUUGUGUUUUUUUUCUUUUUGUGUUUUUGUAUUUUUGUGUUUUUUGUAUUUUUGUGUUUUUUUGUGUGUUUUCGUAUUUUUGUAUUUUCUUUGUAUUUUUGUAUUUUUUUUUGUAUUUUUGUGUUUUUUUGUGUGUUUUCGUAUUUUUGUAUUUUCUUUGUAUUUUUGUGUUUUUGUAUUUUUUUGUAUUUUUUUGUAUUUGUGUUUCUGUAUUUUUGUGUUUUUUUGUAUUUUUGUGUUUUUGUAGUUUCUGUAUUUUCGUGUUUUUUGUGUUUUUGUGUUUUUGUAUUUUUGUGUUUUCGUAUAUUUUUUGUAUUUUUUGUAUUUUUGUGUUUUUGUAUUUUUGUGUUUUUUGUGUUUUCUGUAUUUUUGUGUUUUCUGUAUUUUUGUGUUUUCUGUAUUUUUGUGUUUUUGUAUUUUUGUAUUUUCUUUGUAUUUUUGUGUUUUCGUAUAUUUUUUGUAUUUUUUUGUAUUUUUGUGUUUUUGCAUUUUUGUGUUUUUUGUGUUUUCUGUAUUUUUGUGUUAUUUCUGUGUUUUUUUUUAUGUUUUUUAUUUUUGUAUUUUAUAUUUUUAUUUUUUCGUGUUUUCUGUAUUUUUGUGUUUUUUUUCUUUUUGUGUUUUUGUAUUUUUGUGUUUUUUGUAUUUUUGUGUUUUUUUGUGUGUUUUCGUAUUUUUGUAUUUUCUUUGUAUUUUUGUAUUUUUUUUUGUAUUUUUGUGUUUUUUUGUGUGUUUUCGUAUUUUUGUAUUUUCUUUGUAUUUUUGUGUUUUUGUAUUUUUUUGUAUUUUUGUGUUUUUGUAUUUUCGUGUUUUUGUAUUUUUGUGCUUUUUUUGUGUUUCUGUAUUUUUGUGUUUUUUUGUAUUUUUGUGUUUUUGUAGUUUCUGUAUUUUCGUGUUUUUUGUGUUUUUGUGUUUUUGUAUUUUUGUGUUUUCGUAUAUUUUUUGUAUUUUUUGUAUUUUUGUGUUUUUGUAUUUUUGUAUUUUUGUGUUUUUUCGUAUUUUGUGUUUUUUUGUAUUUUUGUGUUUUUUCGUAUUUUUGUGUUUUUUUGUAUUUUUGUGUUUUUGUAUUUUUGUGUUUUUUCGUAUUUUGUGUUUUUUUGUAUUUUUGUGUUUUUUCGUAUUUUUGUGUUUUUUUGUAUUUUUGUGUUUUUGUAUUUUUGUGUUUUUUCGUAUUUUGUGUUUUUUUGUAUUUUCGUGUUUUUGUAUUUUUGUGUUUUUUUUGUGUUUCUGUAUUUUUGUGUUUUUUUGUAUUUUUGUGUUUUUGUAGUUUCUGUAUUUUCGUGUUUUUUGUGUUUUUGUGUUUUUGUAUUUUUGUGUUUUCGUAUAUUUUUUGUAUUUUUUGUAUUUUUGUGUUUUUGUAUUUUUGUGUUUUUUGUGUUUUCUGUAUUUUUGUGUUUUCUGUAUUUUUGUGUUUUCUGUAUUUUUGUGUUAUUUCUGUGUUUUUUUUAUGUUUUUGUAUUUUUGUAUUUUAUAUUUUUAUUUUUUCGUGUUUUCUGUAUUUUUGUGUUUUUUUCUUUUUGUGUUUUUGUAUUUUUGUGUUUUUUGCAUUUUUGUGUUUUUUGUGUUUUCUGUAUUUUUGUGUUAUUUCUGUGUUUUUUUUAUGUUUUUGUAUUUUUGUAUUUUAUAUUUUUAUUUUUUCGUGUUUUCUGUAUUUUUGUGUUUUUUUCUUUUUGUGUUUUUGUAUUUUUGUGUUUUUUUGUGUGUUUUCGUAUUUUUGUAUUUUCUUUGUAUUUUUGUGUUUUUGUAUUUUUUUGUAUUUUUGUGUUUUUGUAUUUUUUUGUAUUUUCGUGUUUUUGUAUUUUUGUGCUUUUUUUGUGUUUCUGUAUUUUUGUGUUUUUUUGUAUUUUUGUGUUUUUGUAGUUUCUGUAUUUUCGUGUUUUUUGUGUUUUUGUGUUUUUGUAUUUUUGUGUUUUCGUAUAUUUUUUGUAUUUUUUGUAUUUUUGUGUUUUUGUAUUUUUGUGUUUUUUGUGUUUUCUGUAUUUUUGUGUUUUCUGUAUUUUUGUGUUUUCUGUAUUUUUGUGUUUUUGUAUUUUUGUAUUUUCUUUGUAUUUUUGUGUUUUCGUAUAUUUUUUGUAUUUUUUUGUAUUUUUGUGUUUUUGCAUUUUUGUGUUUUUUGUGUUUUCUGUAUUUUUGUGUUAUUUCUGUGUUUUUUUUUAUGUUUUUUAUUUUUGUAUUUUAUAUUUUUAUUUUUUCGUGUUUUCUGUAUUUUUGUGUUUUUUUUCUUUUUGUGUUUUUGUAUUUUUGUGUUUUUUGUAUUUUUGUGUUUUUUUGUGUGUUUUCGUAUUUUUGUAUUUUCUUUGUAUUUUUGUAUUUUUUUUUGUAUUUUUGUGUUUUUUUGUGUGUUUUCGUAUUUUUGUAUUUUCUUUGUAUUUUUUGUGUUUUUUUGUAUUUUUGUGUUUUUGUAUUUUCUUUGUAUUUUUAUGUAUUUUAUAUUAUUUUUUCUUGUUACCCCACAUGAGCAUAUGUCCUGCUAA